AUGGCAAGAUUUCGAAGAAGAACAUGCAUCAUUUUGUCACUUUUUAUUUUGUUUAUUUGCUCCCUGAUGAUGGCUUUGAAAACUCUGAGACCUGAUAGAGCCGUUUUUGGGGAUCCAUUUGGACUUGAUCUUCUCCCAGAACUUCGCCAACAUACAGUCCACUUGGAAACUAAGCCUGACAUGCCAAAUGGUGCCAGGGAUGAUAGUGUAACAAACAUCAAGAAUAUAAAGAGCAUUGUUGCCAAUAGUAUAAAAGUUCCUGUGGUGAAUAUGGAAGAGCUACCAUCACCUAAUUAUAAUUUACAUGUAUUUUACUAUAGUUGGUAUGGAAAUCCACAAUUUGAUGGCAAAUAUUUACAUUGGAACCACCCCAUCUUACCACACUGGGAUCCCAAAAUUGCUAAAAAUUAUCCAGAGGGCAACCACAUUCCUCCAGAUGACAUUGGGUCCAACUUUUACCCUGAAUUGGGAACUUACAGCUCCAGAGACCCUUAUAUCAUAGAGACUCAUAUGAGGCAAAUUCGCUCAGCUUCAAUUGGUGUGAUAGCCCUGUCCUGGUACCCACGUGGUUUAGCUGAUAAAGAAGGGGAAUCUACUGAUGAGUUGGUGCCUGCUAUUUUGGAUAAUGCUCAUAAAUAUAACCUAAAGGUCACUUUCCACAUUGAACCAUAUAAGAAUCGAGAUGAUCAUAGUAUGCACAAAAAUAUCAAGUAUAUUAUAGACAAAUAUGGAAGCCAUCCUGCUUUUUACAGGUAUAAGACUAAAACUGGCAGAGUCUUGCCCAUGUUUUAUGUGUAUGAUUCUUAUUUCACAAAGCCAGAAAUCUGGGCCAAUCUGUUAACUGCCUCAGGCCCCCUGAGUAUCCGUAAUACUCCCUAUGAUGGAUUGUUUAUUGCUCUUCUUGUAGAAGAAAGACACAAACAGGAAAUCCAGAGAAGUGGUUUUGAUGGCAUUUAUACAUACUUUGCCACAAAUGGCUUUUCUUAUGGCUCAUCACAUCACAACUGGGCAGGUCUAAAAGCCUUUUGUGACAGCAACAGCUUACUGUUUAUCCCAAGUGUGGGACCAGGAUACAUAGACAUUAACAUACGGCCAUGGAACAACCACAACACUCGGAACCGAAUCAAUGGGAAGUACUUUGAAACUGCUUUCAGUGCUGCACUUCAGGUGCGACCUGAUGCUAUUUCUAUCACUUCUUUUAAUGAGUGGCAUGAAGGGACUCAGAUUGAAAAAGCAGUUCCCAAGAGAACUGAACGCAUAGUUUACCUUGAUUACCAGCCUCACAAGCCAGGUAUUUAUCUAGAACUUACUCGUAAAUGGUCUGAAAAAUACAAUAAGGAAAAAGAGCAGUGGCUUGCAUGAGGUGAAUCCACU